GGCACGGCCGUUAAUCACGCGCGCCACCUCUUUUUUGCGAUGCAUUAAUAAAUGAGCCAAUGCUACUUCCGAGGUGGCGCUAAUGAGCGGAUGUUAUGAAACAGUACGGAUAAUUGUACAAGAUGGGAGUUUUUAAGGGCAGGAAACGGAAAGGCUUGGUCCUAGCUUCACGGAAAAGAUACAGUCUUUGUAAAAAGAGAAAGAAGCCUGAAUUUCAACAAAGAACAUCUGAAAGAAACCCGGGUAUGAAACGCGUUUUCACGAGUACUCCAUGUAAGACACCACAUAACAGAAGUUUUACCAUUUUCAACUCUCCGCUAUAUAAAAGAGCAAGAUUGAUGUCACCAAUCAAACAACAAGGUGGUUCCCCAUUUUUUCCAAAGGUAAAGCAAUCGAGAAAAUUAGAUUUUAUGUCAGAAAGAAAUGACAGUUUUGGAAGAGAAAAUACUAAUUCUUCAUUAGACGAGACGUACCUAUACUCAGAAAACGGCUUCGGAAACUCGCGUUUAAUGACGUCUUUCGCGGAAGGUGAUGUAGCCUCUGAAACGGGUAGCAUAUCGGUCAUUGAAAGGGAUAUUACGUGUGAGGAAUUCACGGCAGAUGACAAUACGUACACAUUAUUUAUCGACGCUAUGAAGAUCCUCCGUGAGCAAAGUGUCGAUGGGGAAAUUGUUUCGUUUUUAAAUUUAGUAUCAAGUAGACGAUUUCCGUUAGAUAAUGUUGCAUUUCAAUUGUUUUUAGAUGUUGUUAAAUGGUUUGACUGUGAAGACGUAAGAACCAUGCGCUAUAAUGACACAACUAUGAAGUUUUUCUGGCUGGGAAAGCGCUUGUUUGGGGGACGUUUUUUGCGUUUUAUGGCUGGUCCAAAACACGAAACAAGUAUUUUACAAGGUCAUUCUCAACUGCAUCCGAGUUCGUCAAAAAUAAACUUUGCAUGUCCAAGUAAUAGUGUGUUAUCACAGUUUAAUCCACUUGGCUUUGAAUUAAAUUGCGACGUGAGCACCGGCUUAAUUGAUCACAUGCUAGAUCUAGUAGCGAAAAAUUCUAAAGAAACAAUAUCAUAUGUUUUGAUGUUUGACGGAAAGAAAAUUAAGCGCGGCGCAGAUGCUGAUUUGUUGGGGUUUGAAAAAGAGCCAUUGUCUGAAAAAAAGCUGAAAUUCGAUUCUGAUAUUGCCAUAGUUUCGACAAUGCUGCAAAAAUCUAAAGAAAUUGAAGCACUGAUGGAAUGUGGCAAAUCAAUUAAUGAUAAGGUAACUAGUGACCUUUUUCAGGAAAUAAUGAAAUGCUUUAAAGUUGUCUCCAAGCACCUUAUGGCUUUAAGGCAGCUUAAGAAAAACAAGGAAAUGGCAUUGCACAAGUAUAAGGAAAAAAUUCACAAGAAUUCUUCUCUGGCUAAAACGUUUGAGUAUGCGAUUGAUUCCUGUAAAACAACGCUGUAUUUAAUAGAUAACUGUGUGGCUAGUCUGCUAGACGUUCAAUUUGUUAUAUGCAAGACAGGAGCGUACAUCAAUGGUUGUUUAAAGUUAUUUCCGAGACAUAGGGGUGAAAGUGUGAAUGUUAAUAACCUUGACAAUGUAAAGAUGUUAAAAAUUGAGCAAGCUGACAAUCUGCCAACAGAGCAAGUAAAACAGAAGACGGAAAGAUGGUAUAAGGACAGACAUGAAAUGAAAAUCACUGGAAGCACAGUGUAUUCGGCUAUUGGUUUAGACGGACUUAAACGAUGUCAGUCACACUUUGAUGGCAUUAUAAGUGGUGUGCACUCCGACGAUUCGACAGAAGCACAAAAGAAAGCGAUGAAUCACGGAAUUGCAUCAGAGACUCACGAAAUCGCAACACUCGCAGGUAUUGUAAUGCCGUUCUUAUUCCCGAACAGUAUCUAUUGUGAAGAAGGAUACUACAUUGAAAAUAAAAUGAUGGUGUCUCCGGAUGGCAGUCUUCGUGAUAAUACGGGAUUGAAUGUAGAGUGUGCUUUUGAAGCAUUACAGUGUACCUGCGAGAUACAUCCCUCAGACAGUUUUAGAGGCAAAAGUUACAGGUUCUACCAAUGGUACUAUAUAUAUGUGCUGGACUUCAGAAAGUACAACAGUAUUCAAGGUUCCUUUCAAUAA